GUGCUGCCCCUGGCCCGCGCCCUGGCCCUGCAGGCCGAGACCGCCGGGGCGCCCUCCCGACCACAUCGCCGUGGCCGAGGACGGCUUCCCGCGCUGCCGCACCGUGACGACCGGGAAGUACGUGGCAGAGGACUUCUCGGAGGUCACGGUGGCGACCCGCGCGCGCACGCGCAAGUGCUCGGAGAUCGCGGCGAGCGGCAAGGCCACGCUCUUCUGGCAGGACAAGACCGGCAGCGGCGCGUGGGUGUCGGCCGCCUGCGCCGCCUCGGUGGAGCACGGCGAUGCCGAGGAGGGCAAAGCCAAGGUCCGGCUCGUGGCGCGGCGCCUGGAGGUGCAGGACUACAACGCCAACAUCACAGGCGGCGGCACGGACUGCUGGCGGCCGAUGGUGCUGGAGCGGGUCGAGGGCGGCUGGCGGAAGGUGCCCUGA